AUGCCUCUUCCUCGCCAGUGUUUCUCUCGCUGUGCCAUUUUUAUUGUCGUGGGCUGUUUUGUCAUUGUCGUUGUAACCUGUGGUACAUACUUCGGUUUGGCCAAGAGACAGCAUCACUCGUUUGACUGGACGACAAUUGUAAGCGAUCGCGGAGAUGUAUUUCCUGAUUUUAGCUUUUCUGGGUACCAUAACUCGGCAAUAAUACUGCCGAACGAACCCAGUGCCAACAUCACGAUGACUUUCAAUAGUAGUAUUGAUGAUGUCAAGCCAUUGAUACAAGAGGCUAUUGAUAGCAUCGCAGCUUCAGGUGGUGGGGCUGUUAUUCUUCCUGAAGGCAGAUGGCCUAUCACUGCAGGCAUCAAUGUCACCAGUGGAGUGGUUGUCGCUGGAGCCGGAGAGACCAAGACAGUAUUGGUGUUGCAAGAUCGUCCGUCUCAGCCAGUAUUCACUCUCGGCACACCUGCAAAUAAUACAAGACCCCGCUAUGGGUUCAGAUCGAACAUUACCAAUCAGUAUCUGCCCAUCGGCUCCUCUUCUGUGGAUGUUAUCAGCAGCGCUGGUUUCGCUGUUGACCAGCUGGUUUAUGUCUCGCGAAAUGCCACGGAAGCGUGGAUCAGAGCCAACGGAAUGGACGGUCUCGUCCGAAAUGAUGCUCAACAAACAUGGUUACCAGUGGACAAGAGAAUACUGUCACCCAACCAGAUCAGCAGCGUCUCUGGCACAAAUAUCACUUUGAGGAUUCCCUUGACGGAUAAUCUUGACUCAAACUAUGCUCAACCUGAACUAUUAGUAUAUACUCCUCCUUACGAAAACAGUGAGAUUGGCAUACAGGAUUUUGGGAUUGAAGUCCCUGACACGUGUUCUGGUGCACCACUUAACGACAAAACCUGUAACUCCGCUGCUGUCUACUUUCCAUCUUGGACUCUUGACAGCUGGGCCAGUGCAUUAUCCCUGAAAGGGUUCAACAAGUUCUUUCAGGUUGACCAAGAUGCCUCUCGCAUCACUAUUCAGAACUGCACGAUGAACCGCGAUCAAGAUAUUCAAGGAGCUGCUCUUCCUUUUGAUAUUUUAAUACAAGGCUCUCAGGUCUUGAUACAAGACUGUUCGCAAGUUGGAAUACCAUCGGCAAGAUGUUUUACUGUCGGCACAGGAUCCUUGACACCUGGUCCAAACGCUGUUCUGCGGCACAAGACUAAAUCUGAUGUUCAAACUAUAUAUCCACAUCAGCGAUGGGCGCAUGGAUUAUUGGUGGAAGAUAGCUCCGUGCAGACUUUAUUUGUAGAUCGGGGUAUUAAAGGCUCAGGUCAUGGGUGGUCUAUCAAUGGAGGUGUUGGGUGGAACCUCGAUGGGAAUAGCGACUUUGAAUCACCGCCACUUGGCAUCAACUGGUGCGUGGGUUGCGGAGGAAAUGGCCAUGAAACUAAAGGGAACGCAACUUUCAUUGAGUCGGGUAAAAGAGUCGAACCUCGGAGCCUAUUCAAGGCGCAACUGGAAGAGCGAGACACCUAUACAUAUGAUCAAGUGGACGAGUAA